CACAACCUGUCCUAUGAGGGUCAAAGGUGUAUGUAUAAACAUUGGAUUAAGUCGACGGGUAUAACGGUUGUACCGCGGUCGUACCGGAUAGACAUACAACGAAAACAAUGUCUUCGCGACAAAUGGCCGUUAUUCAGAGACUGCAUGGAUAUUUAGUGUGGAUUAAACAUUAUGGGUCAUAUAAACGGGCUUUUUGUACAUCUAGGCCAAGUAACAGUCGUUUUGACUAUACUGAAAGGUCAAACAUAUAUUUACUAGGUAGCCCUGGCUGCGGUAAAACAACUGUAGGAAAACUGCUAGGUGAAAAACUAGAAAGGCCCGUUAUUGAUGUCGACGAUGAUAUUCUGGAACCAACAUGGAGAAUGCCAGUAUCUCAAAAGCUAACAGAGAUAGGAGGUAAAAACUUUAUAGACGAAGAAGGCAAAGCACUCUGUCAAUUCCAGUCUUCUGGAUCGGUUGUGUGUUUGUCGGGGUCUAAUCCGCUGCACGCGCAGUCCAUGAAACACAUUAAAGAAAAUGGCCUCCUGAUUUUUCUCGAUGUGCCGGAAACGGACAUAUUAUCUCGAUUAGAAAAAAUGAAAGUAAAUAGGAUUGUGGGACAAGAAGCCGGAAUCAGUAUGCCAGACAUUCUGAAAUACAGACGUUCUUUUUACGAGAAACAUCACGAUGCACGUGUAGUGUGUGAAUCGGGAGAAACACCCAAAAAUAUUCUAAACAGGGUUUUGACAUCUUUGGAUCGUAUAGAAAAUGAUCAAGGCUAUAUUUCAACAAGGCAAAUUGGUCCUGCAAAACGCCAGCAGUUUCUACAAACGGUGCUACAGGGAUUGGCACCGGAUGGUGGGCUUCUAGUCAAAGCUGACGAACUUCCAGUUAUCUCUUACUGCAAACAAAAGCGUCUCGUCGAUCUGGGCUACAGGGAAAGGGCUUUGAGGUUAUUACAAGAAUGGAUUAGUCCAUUAGAAAUAGCAGGGGGUGAAUUAAAAGUUUAUAUAGAUAAUGCUUAUAACGAAAAUAUAUUUCAAACCAAAGAUGUUGCACCAGUUCGGGCUUUUGAAAAGAACCAAUACAUGAUGGAAUUGUUUCAUGGUCCAACAGCAUCCUUCAAAGACUUUGCCUUACAGUUGAUGCCACAGCUUUUCAACAGAGCUAUUCAAGAAGAAGGCGAAAAUAGCAGAUAUUUGAUAUUAGUGGCGACAUCUGGAGAUACAGGGGGUGCUGUAUUAGAUGGUUUCAAACAAUAUGCUGGCAGCGAUACUGGUGUUAUAGUAUUUUAUCCAUUAAAUGGAAUAAGUGAAUUACAGAAACAUCAGAUGACAAGUAUGGUGGGCAAUAACAUAAGUGUUGUUGGAGUCGAUAGUGAUUUUGAUUUCUGCCAAUCAACUGUAAAGCAUAUUUUCAGAGAUGACCACUUCUCAGCAGAACUCCUGAAUAAUUAUAAUGUUAAAUUAAGUGCAGCCAACUCUCUCAACUGGGGACGUCUUCUGCCACAAAUAGUCUAUCACGCCUCUGGUUAUUUGGAUCUUGUCAAAUCUGGAGUUAUUUCCCAUGGCCAAGAAAUUGACAUUUGUGUUCCAACUGGUAACUUUGGAAAUAUUUUAGCUGCAUAUUAUGUUAAGAUGAUGGGUUUCCCCAUCAGAAAACUGAUUUGUGCCUCAAACUCCAACGAUGUAUUAACAGAGUUCUUUCAAACUGGCCUGUACGAUUUGAGAAAAAGACAACUACUGAGGACAGCCUCGCCUGCCAUUGAUAUUCUGAAAUCAUCUAAUCUGGAAAGACUUCUUCAUCAUGUUAGUGAUAACGACGGUAGUCUAGUCAGUAAUAUGUACAAUAAUCUGGAUCAAGAUGGGAUAUUCAAGAUUUCCAAACAUAUUCUGGCCAAUCUUCAGACAAUUUUUACAGCCGGGUCGUGCACAGAGCAAGAAUGUAAAUCGACAUUAAUAGAAACAUACAAAAGAACGGGUUAUUUAUUAGAUCCCCACACAGCAGUUUGUAAAACAGUGGCUGACAAAUUAGGAGAUCCCGGUGUUCCAUUAUUACUAGCAGGCACAGCACAUAAUGCUAAGUUUGCCGAUACUGUUAAUUCAUGGAUAGAUCCAUCGUCAGUUUCACUUGAUUUAUCACCAAAUGAUUUACUCAAUCGUUUAAACAAGCUUUCAUCACAACCAUCACCACACGAGACAAUGCUUCGUAUGUCAAAACAAAACGUUAUCCACAAAAAGAAAUGUAAUGCUUCACCUAAUGAAUUGAUGUCUAUCGUUAAAGAAUUUGCCAGUAAAAUGUAGUGGCGCCCUCUCAACUGCCAGGUGUCAAUGUUGAAAUGCCUGUAAAUGACUUUAAAUUAGGGUUCGGUGAUCCAUGGCCAAAUGUGUCCAGUUUCGGUUAGGGGAAUGCAGUUUGAGAGUGCGAAGGGUUCAAAUACAUCUUAAAGCUUACUUACAACGUUGUUCGAUUUAAAUAACAGCUUCUAUGUGCUCAUUGAAUUGUUAAACUAGUUUAUUAUGCCUAAAACAUUUUAAACUACACUGAAAAGUGGUGGUACAUUUCUUCUUCCAAAUAUCAUCCAUAAUUGUAUUUUGCAGUGGUAUAUUUAGAUGAACAGGGGACCAUCUAUUAUGCCUGGGCGUAUUUAGGUGAACAGGUGGUGGUCAUCAUUCUAUUGUAUGCAGGUGCGUAUUGAGAUGGACAGGGUGUCAUCUAUUAUGCAGGGGUGUAAUUAGAUGUACAGGCGGGUCAACUAUUGUAUGCACGGGCACAUUUAGAUAGACAUGUCUUCAAUGCACCCACACUGAGAUUUCAUUAUGUUCUUCAAUGAACUCACAUUGAGAUUCCAUUGCCGAUCAAGUUAAAUAACAGAAGAAUACAACAUUUGGGAAAUAGUCUAUCUUUUCCGUGGAUUGUUCACUUUUUGUGUGUUUGUUUUUAUUAUCAGAGAAGGCUGUGCUAUUACAGGUCCAGGACUAUGCAGCGCAAUUUAUCCUAUCACGCCCCCCCCCCCCCCAAUUCUCUUGAUUUCUUGUAACUUGCAAAGUCUGAGUACAUUGUAUGUGUUCGCGCUUUGUUUUAUGGGUGUUUGUUUAUUUGUAGUGCUGUCCUUAGAUAUUAUUAGAGCUGCUAUAAGAGUUGCCUAUAGAAACCAAUGUUUGUGGUGUUGUCUUGCAUUUACUAUUAGAUAGUAUUAUAGUUACUAUAAGAGUUGGCUACAGAAACCAAUAUUUGAUAUAUGAUCGCAUGGGUGAUUAAAAUUUGACCUAUUUAGUGAUUGGAGGAAUAACAAAUUAUAAUUUAUAUAAACAAAUGCCGAACAAGGCUCAUUUGAAUAAAAAGUUUGUUUGUAAGCUGGCAUUGCAUGUUUUUAACUGACUACAUAAUGAAUGUAACAUGAAAUGUUUGUAAAUGCUGAAGGAUUUAAAAUAACGCAAAUGACGAUCAGUGGCUUUGCGUAUUGUAAGAUAUCGGCGGGGGUGGUGGGGACGGUUUUGUAAUCUUAAAUUUGGUAUAAUGUGUAAUGUUUAUUUUGUGCGACAAGCCUUUACGGAUAUUCAUUUCAUCGAACCCAGAGAUGGCCUACCUCCGGCGCAUGCGUCAAACGUUGCACAUGGGAUGAUUAGAAGUGACGCAUUACAUCCUUGUGAUUUUAAGAAUUUAAUAAAGUGUGGUAUAUCGAAUGUUAUCGUGCUGUAAAUGUUUAAUUAACAUAUUUUUACCAGAAGUAGACGGGGGUACUCGAGUUGUAUGGCGGAUCUGAAUUCGUAUGUGAACGAAUUAACGCAUCGUUUAUAAAAGGUUGGCCACUCAUUACCUGCUCAUCUGUUCCUGUGACCGGGAGUCUUUGGCGCCACUAAUCGUCCCUUUAACCGGAGUUAUCCCUUCGACUCUAAUUAUUUUGCUACAGCCCACACCAGUUCCAUAUCUAAUCCCAGAUUAUGACUAUUUGAAUGUAUUUUAUGCUUUAUCAUAAUGUCAUGGCUAUAAAAGUUUUGCUAUUAUUUCGUUCCGUGGUUAUCAAUAUAUCUUUGUUUUCUUGUAAUAAAUAUGUCGAAGGCCAGAUAUAUUGGCGGCAACGAUAUUGUGAUCUGAAUACAUGUAUUUUACCAUCUCUAAAUAUAAUAUCGUGCAGACCGAAUUAAUAUAAUAACAAAAACAGGCUGAUCCCUUAAUCUAUUGAUAUCAUGUAUUCGAUUAAAUCGAUAUGAAUACAGAAACUGUAGUACAAAGCAUUGU